AUGACAAAACCUUAUUGGAACCAUCCUGUCUUGAAGAAUCCUGUGAAAUGGUUACCAGGCCGGAAGCAACACGCGGCCUCACUCUAUCAGAAAGGAUUCUAUGAAAAUCUCACAUCCAACCCGUUUGCCAGGCAGCUAGAAGAGACACGAGCUGAUGGAACAACGGUGCGAUUUCCUCAGGGAAACCUCAUCAAGUUGACUGUAGAUAGCAUUAGAGAUACGUCUGUAGAAUGUAAAGAUGUUAACACCAAAGAUAUGAACAGGCUCUGGAUAUUCCCCAUUAUCAAUAGGGCGGUUUCGCAGGAGAAGUUUUAUUAUAAUGCCAAUCACAUCCUCAAUAACAGGCGCUAUCUAGAGAGUGUGGUAAGAGAUGCCAAAUUGAGCAAGAGGUUUUUGCCUAGAAAGGUUCAGUUCAACAGCUCUAGCGAUAUCAAAAGAGCAUCUGAGUUCCUUCCUCAUUUUUCUGAGGUGGUCAAACACCUCUACGAGAAUAAUAUAGUUAAAUUAGCAAAAGGACCCUUUACCACAAAAGGAAAAAACGGCAUUAUCAUAGGCACACAAGGUCCCUUAAUCAUAUUCCGAGAUAACGUUGCGGUCAUCAAUAUACUGAAGCUUGUAGAAAAUUUUGAAACUAUUCUACUGCCCCAAAAAGACUCCAUCUACAUAGAUUUCGAGAAGCAUCCUGAACUUUGCGAAUUGAUCAUUUUGCUAGUCGACUACCGCAGCUAG